CCGGUGUGUCAGAGCUGGGCCGCAUCGCUCCGUGGCUGCAGAUGAAGCAUGGCAGGCGACAGCGACACAAAGACAGGUGACAAAGCCCGCGAUGAGAGCUCCAACUGGCAGCCUUUCCUCAUCGGGGUGGCCGGAGGCACAGCCAGCGGCAAGUCUUCGGUGUGCAGCAAAAUCAUGGAGAUGCUGGGGCAGAAUGAGAUUGACCACCACCAGAGGCAAGUGGCCAUCCUCAGCCAGGACAGCUUCUACAGGGUCCUCACCCCAGAGCAGAAGGCCAAAGCACUAAAGGGCCAGUUCAACUUCGACCACCCAGAUGCGUUCGACAACGACCUCAUAAUCACAACUCUGUGGGACAUCAAGGAGGGAAAAACCGUACACAUCCCCGUUUAUGACUUUGUUUCCCAUUCCAGGAAGGAGGAGACAGUGAAGGUGUACCCUGCUGAUGUGGUGCUGUUUGAGGGUAUCCUGAUGUUCUACUCGCAGGAGAUUCGAGACCUCUUCCAAAUGAAGCUGUUUGUGGACACUGAUGCAGACACACGUUUGUCUCGCAGGGUGCUGCGAGAUAUUAGUGAACGUGGUCGGGACCUGGAGAGCGUUCUCGCACAGUACAUCAACUUUGUCAAGCCCGCGUUCGAGGAGUUCUGUCUGCCGACAAAGAAAUACGCAGAUGUUAUCAUACCAAGAGGAGCUGAUAAUAAUGUAAUCCAACUGGACAAACUAAACGUCUUUUGCUAUAAAUCUCAUAGUGCAACACAUCCAGGAUAUUCUAAAUGAUGGUUUGACCAAGCGGCUGAACGGGUGGUUUAAUGGUUACGGAACAACGAAGAGCCAACCAAACAUGGAAUCCAGCAGUCGGCCUCACUGAGCACAGCGCUGUGCAGAGAGGAGGAAGAGUUUCACCUGCACGGGGCGAGUGUGCUCUUCAUUGUGGCCAACAACACAGGAGUAACGGCCAGGACACCAGAAGGCCGGCUUUUUAUAUGAUUCCGCUCAGAUUGAGGAAGGACAUCAUUUUCCCAUGGUGGAUAUGAUGUAAAGCAGUUGAUUUCAGUUUAGUUUGUCUCUUUACUUAUUCUAUGAGAUAUAAGAGGGAGAAAUCCACAGGGGCUCAUUUAGAAUUUAAUUUAAAACUGCUGCUUGCCUUUACCACUGCGCUGAAACAGAGACACUCAAGAAGCUGUUAUUGUGUCUAAAAACUCACUCAGUUGAAAGAUCACUGUGUGACCGGACUUAUUUCCUUUAUUUAUGCAACUUUUUUUCUCUUUUAUUAAAAGCUCCAUUAUAAAGCAUAUUUUGACUUCAGAUUUUUACCUUAAGACUUCAGGUGUGUGUCAUGUGGCCCCUGAGCUGUACUUGUUUUGUCAUGUGUAAAAACGACUUAUUAGACUAAUUUAACAACCGGUUUGCACCUCAAGUCAUCUGAUAUGUGACAUCCUCUCCAAAGAUAAUUUUUCAUUCUGUCCGUUUGAACUAAUUGAUUUAUACCUGAAUGCAGUAUUGACGUCACUGUAACUCAUUUAUUAAGAUGUUGAUGUAACUCAGAACAGUUGAUUAAAUUGUCAUUGAAUUACCAAACCAAAAAUAAUUCUUUGAUUUUUCUUAAACUUGAAACAGCAGAUGCAGGUUUGUUAGGUGAAUUCAAAUGAAGAUGCAUUCAGCUGUAAGUACAAGACACCCAGUGUUUGUGUUCUGUAAAUGUUUUUCAAUUGGUUUCUCCUGUAUAGAUAUUUCUAAUGAUACAGUUUUCAUCUGUCAUGAGUCUUUUAUUUGAUAUAUUUGUAUGACUUACAUACAUAUUAAUUUCUGGUUGUAAUGAAAAUCUGAUUCAGGUAACUCAUCUGUCUCCCAUUUAAAUCUAGUGUAGCAGUGGAAAACCUGUAAAACAAAGUGGCGGACAACAUUAAUUCAUUAAGUUCUGAAUCGAUGCAGAGUCGUUCACAUCCCCAUCACGAUGCCACUGAGAAUCAAGAAAUGUUCACCCCUCAAGUAUAAACUAUAAAAACUGCCAUGAAGUUUAAGGUAAACAACUUUACUUGAAUCAUUUGACACUUGAUCACAGAAGAAAUAUUUUGAUUCCUUGAAGUCCAUAUAACAUUCACAUACAAAUUAUAUUUUUAGUCAUAAGGUCAACAAUGCUGACAGUGUCCCUCAGAAUAAAGGCCUUGAUUGAUAAAGAACUGAAUGUGCCUUCUGAGUCCAUUUUACUCCUGUUCCACUAGACCACUGUAA